AUGAUGUCGACAUAUAAACAUACAGGAACAUGUGAUUUAUCCGAUGAACAAUAUAAUGAAUAUGAUAAUUCAUUAAAUGAUUUAGCUGAUCGAAUUAAUUCACUCAAUGAUCGAUUAACAACAUCAAAUAUUGAUCUUAUGAUGAGUGAUGUUCGGCAAAAACUUGGUAAAUGGCGUUUAGAUUGUUAUCAUACAAUUGAUCGAUAUUAUGAACAGAAAUGUCGAGAAGUAGAUCGACAUGUUGCUGGAAUUGUUGAUAAACAACGUAAAGAAAUAAAUCGUAUACGAUCAAGUAUAGCUACUCUUAAUCAUAAACAAGAUGCUGUACAAAAAGAUAUUAAUCAUAUAAUAACAAUUGCACAUCAACUUGAACAAGAAAUGGAUGCAACAAAAGAAAAAUAUCUUCAACUUAAUAUUCGUACAAUAGAAAUUAAAGAAAAUUUAAUUCAAAUUCAAGAAACAAAUGAUUUAUCCCAUUCACCUAUCAUAUCACCACCUAUUAAAACAAUAAAUUAUCUUGAUGAAAGUUCAAAAAUUGUAUGUGCUAAUGAACAUCAUUUACUUGUACAUAAUGAUUCAAGUCUAUGCUUGUUAGAUAAAGAAUUAAAUAUGAUUAAAGACAAAUCAUGGACAUUCGGUUCUAUUAUGGAUAUUUGUUGGUCAUCAACAUUAGCACGUUUUCUUGUUUUAACACGAAGUUAUUUAUAUCUUAUUGAUGAAAGUACAAUGUCAGUAGUACGUGUACAAAAAUUUUCUAAAUUACCUUGGUGGUCAUGUACAUGUUCAGAUACAAGUUUAUAUAUUACAACAAAAGAUUGGGGUUCAAAUGUAUAUCAAUUUACAUUAUGGCCAUCAAUACAACUUACAAAACGUUGGCAACCACCCCAAGCAUGUAGUCAAGAUGAAACAAUAAAUAAUAUAAUAUAUAAUAAAGAAAAAUUAGCUUUAAUGAUUUAUAAUCGUGCAACAAAAUCAAAAACAAUUGAAUUACGUUUAGCAACAACAUUUGAUCGAAUAUGGUCACUUGAUCUUGAUAUUGAUUAUGAUUCACGUACAAUACGUUGUUGUUUACUUAAUCAUGAUGAAUGGCUUGUUGUUGAUUGGAAUACAUCCAAUCUUUUUCAUAUAUCAAGUGAUGGUAAAUUAAAAUUAACAUGUGAUUAUAAUCCAUCACCUUCAUGUGCUGCAACGCUUGGUGCAAAUAUAUUAGUUAUAUCAACUGCCGAUGGAAUUAAUUUACAUAAACUAUGA